UCUCUCUCUCUCUCUCUCUCUCUCUCUCUCUCUCUCUCUCUCUUUCUCGCGAUGUUCAGGAACAACUAGUGAGGACGAACUCCUGCUAGUUCUGCGAGUCCGUAGCAAGUUUGUGAGCUGGAAUAAACGAGACGCUUCUACAAGCGCAGCGUCCAGAGGAGCCGUUAACCGCCUGGAGAAAGGGGGAGAGCGAAUUUAAAGACAGCAUCAGCGAAUAUUCCCCAAAUACUGAGCCAUGAGUCGCAGCAUUGUUCGCCAGAGUAAGUUCCGGCAUGUUUUUGGGCAGGCGGUGAAGGCGGAUCAAGGUUAUGAUGAUAUUCGGGUGUCCAAAGUGACAUGGGACAGCUCAUUCUGUGCAGUUAACCCAAAGUUUAUGGCAGUUAUAGUGGAAUCAAGUGGUGGCGGAGCAUUUCUUGUCCUGCCUCUCUCAAAGAUGGGCCGAGUGGACAAAAACUACCCUCUAGUGGUUGGACACUCAGGGCCUGUUCUGGACAUUGACUGGUGUCCUCACAAUGACAACAUCCUGGCCAGCUGCUCUGAAGACACCACUUCCAUGGUAUGGCAGAUCCCUGACCACACUCCCUCUCGCCCCAUCAGUGAGCCCAUUGUGGUGCUGGAGGGUCACUCUAAACGUGUGGGCAUCAUCAAAUGGCACCCAACUGCCCGCAACAUACUCCUCACUGCAGGCAGUGAUAAUCUGAUCAUCGUAUGGAAUGUGGGCACUGGAGAACCCUUGAUCACAAUGGAUGACCAUCCUGAUCUCAUCUACAACGUCAGCUGGAACUACAACGGUAGCUUGUUCUGCACCACCUGCAAGGACCGUCGCCUCCGAGUGUGCGAUCCCCGGAAAAGCGAGGUGGUGGCGGAAAGACUGGCCCCACAUGAGGGGAUCCGGCCAAUGAGAGCUAUUUUUACCAAAGAGGGCAACAUUUUCACCACAGGCUUCACCAGGAUGAGCCAGAGGGAGCUUGGCCUGUGGGAUCCGACUAAUUUUGAAGAGCCCAUAGCAUUACUGGAGUUGGACACAAGUAAUGGAGUUUUAUUGCCUUUUUAUGAUCCAGACACUAACAUUGUGUAUCUCAGUGGCAAGGGUGACAGCAGUAUUCGGUAUUUUGAGAUCACAGAGGAGCCUCCCUAUGUUCAUUACAUCAGCACAUUCAGUAGCAAGGAGCCACAGAGAGGAAUGGGCUUCAUGCCCAAGAGAGGAGUGGAUGUCAGCAAGUGUGAGAUUGCCAGAUUAUAUAAACUCCAUGAGAGAAAGUGUGAGCCUAUCAUGAUGACAGUGCCCAGAAAGUCGGACCUGUUCCAGGAUGAUCUGUACCCAGACACAGCAGGCCCAGAUCCGGCUCUGGAACCUGAAGAAUGGAUGGUUGGACGAGACGCAGACCCCAUACUAGUGUCCAUGAGGGAUGGCUAUGUUCCUCCAAAGAGCAGAGAGCUAAAGGUGGCUAAGAAGAACGUUUUAGACACCAGACCUGCAACACGUAGAAGCAUGUCUGCUGUAGAUGGAAGCAGUUUGCCACCGCAGUUGUUGGAGAAGCUUGUUGAGGAGAUCCAAAAUCUGAAGGCCACAGUUCUCUCUCAGGAGAAGCGAAUCUGUGACUUGGAGAAUAAGCUCUCUAAGUACACUAAUGGCACAGUCUGAAUAAAACUAACUCAUCCUGUG